AUGUCGACUAAUGAGGCAAAAAACAUCUGGUUUGCAGUGUGGCUUACUGAGUUUUUUCUGAUGUUUAUAAUCAACGCCUUCACUCUCAUUAUCUUUGCGAGAACUCUCCUGCUACGCAAGCGCAGUACGUACCUGAUAAUAAACCUGACUGUAGCUGAUCUACUGAUAGCAGCCGUUUCAGGACCUGAAGCCCUUUGGUUUCUUAAAACAGAGAAAAGGCCGGGACAUGGACUCAGAGCUUUACAUUUUACAAUCUCUGGCAUGUAUUGGAUAGCUUCACUGGGUAACCUAGUUUUAAUUUCUUUAGAGCGAUUGCACGCAACACUAUACCCCUUUAGGCAUUGCCUUGUUGGGAAACGCAUUUACUAUAAGAUUAUCAUUUCUAGUUGGCUGGGAGCUUUGACUGUAGAAUGUGUUCUACACAUCAUUCGCAUGAAUGAUUCGGCCCUCGCAGAUCGAUACCCCUGGUUAAUUUAUGUUGUUCUUACUCUUGCAGUGCUAACAACAUCUUACGUUACAAUAAUU